AUUAUGUGUACAACCUCCAUGUUAGAUAUAAUCUGGCAGUAUAACUCAGGACCAUGUCCUCUCAGGUGUUUUAAAGACCGGUCUCUGAUCAAAUGGCGCCAUCUUGUGUCCUCUCCGGGCUCCUGCUGGUCCGAGCCGUUACUCCCAUGAAGCACUCCCACACUACGUAGCCUCUGAGCGGAUCUGGGAUCCGGGCCGAAGUUUUUUUUUUUUCUUUUUUUAGGUGGCAGAAAAACACGUAGCCACUGCGUGUGAGUGUGUAAACGGACUAAUAUUGCCUUUUUUGUAAAAGCAAAGCAAAAAUGGAUCUGUAAUAGAUUCGUUGAUGGAGACUGAUCCGCGGUCGGUUUAGCUAACUUUGGAUGGAGUGUGUUCUUUAUCCAAACAGAGCGCAGAGGCACUGAGGGGGAUCGGAAUUUACCGGUGACAAGUCUGAGAGGGAAGGAGGGGAAAAAAAGGAAAAGAGGAUCCACUCUUCACAUGGAAUAACCUUUUUUUUUAAUACAAGCCUGCUCCAUUUUCAUCACAACCGAGCAGCGAAGACUGGAUGAAAAAGUGUUUCCAGAGAGGGAUAACUCCACCUUUCCCCCCCUCCGUUUAGAUCUGCUUUAACUGUGAAGAACAGCUCCGGUCAUGGCGAAAAAGUAUGAUUUCCUCUUCAAAUUGUUGCUCAUCGGGGACAGCGGAGUUGGCAAAACAUGUCUGAUCAUUCGCUUCGCCGAGGACAACUUCAACUCCACGUACAUUUCCACAAUCGGCAUCGACUUUAAAGUGAAAACCAUUGAAGUGGAUGGAAAGAAAGUGAAACUACAAGUGUGGGACACGGCAGGUCAGGAGAGGUUCAAGACCAUCACAACAGCCUACUACAGAGGAGCCAUGGGCAUCAUCCUGGUGUACGACAUCACGGACGAGAAGUCCUUCGAAAACAUUCAGAACUGGAUGAAGAGCAUCAAAGAAAAUGCGUCGGCUGGGGUCAGUCGAAUGCUGCUAGGAAAUAAGUGCGACAUCGAAGCAAAGCGGAAAGUAACCAAGGAUACGGGAGAAAAGCUAGCAAAGGAUCACGGCAUCAGGUUCUUUGAGACCAGUGCAAAGUCCAGCAUCAAUGUGGAGGAGUCCUUUCUGGCUUUGGCCCGUGACAUACUACAGAAAUCCAGCAAGAAACCAGGCCCCACGGGUCGAGAGGUGAAAAUCACGAGCAGUUCAGAGAAGAAAUCUUCCAAGUGUGCUCUUCUCUAGAUAAGACACUGGCCAGCACGCAUAAGAAAAAGCGCCAUACAAGAUAAAGAACACAUCAGUAUUACUGAGGAGAAAUGCAGGCCAGCAGGUUUUCUGUCUCCAUCUGGUGGGCUCAAAUGUCACAUGCAGGUGCAAAGAGUAUGUUUUUAAACCUUAAAUUACUGGUGUCCCAUUUAUAAGUGUUUGAACCUUUAAAAUGAAUUAUGCCAGAAAUAUAAUUUAUAGAUUCCUUCUUUGAGUUGAAAAGUUGUUGAGGGGGAUUGUAUUUCACCUUGAUCUUGAAUAUGCUGCAAAGUGGGCGUCCUAGAUGACUCUUAACAGGUAGCUUAGACGGCAUUUCGGCAAGUAGUUCCCACCAUGUGUAGUUAAGUUAGACUGUUGUUUUUCCACCCUGUGUUUCUCUGGCUUAUCACCACUGUAUCACCCCUAUGACAGUCACUGCUUUAUGUCUUAAAAGAGCUAUCUUUUAAAUCUUUUUUUCCAGCUGGUUAACAAUAUAAGAACCAGCUCAGCUUGAUGGAACCAUUUCUUACGUGUGAACACAUGUAGCUUUGAGGAGCUCAGUGGCAAAAGAGGAGUCUGAUGGGAAGUGUUUAGAUUGACAGACAGCACACACACACACACACACACACAGUGGGCCUCUGGUCGUAGUCUUUGACCCUGAAUGUUUGUCAUUUCCUGUUCAUGUUAAAUUCAAGCGGCCCACGUGCAUCUCAGCGAUUCUGUUCAAUGGUUUUAAAGCACUGGACACAGUUGGUAAAUGCAUUCAUUAAUCAAUCAUAAAAUGUACUCACUCACAAAUUCACAUUGUGCCUUGUCAGUUAACUGUUGAGAAGAGACACAUUUUUGUUUCCCCACAUUUUAGCAGCAUGUAAAUUUAAUUCAGAGACGCUUCAAAUGGUGACUACAUUUAUGGUUUUUGCUGUGCUCAUCCUUUGAGAACUGAUGAAAUAUUUCCAUGGUGAACUGAAUUUUAAUGCAUUCAACAGAAUCUACAGAAACAUGUCACUGAAAGCCUUGAGUCGAUGUAAGAAGUUGGAGAAAGUGCUCUUGAUGGUAAUGGAUUUAAUGAGUUGUGGAUGUCGGUUUUAUGGAAUUGAAUCUGAAGCGAACCCUGGUGAUAUGCACGCUUUGUUUUAAAGGGACAACUCACCCCAGUAUCAAAACACAGAUCCUUCCUCUUACCUGAACCACUGUUUAUCCAGCUAGAUAGUUCAUGUGUGAGCUGCUGAGUUUUGGAGGUAUUCACCAUAGAGGUAUCUCGUAUAUAAUGAAACCACAUGGCACUCAGCUUGUGGGACUCAAAGCAGCAAAAGAUUCAUCUGAAAAACUCAACAGGAAUGUUUCCUUCCAGAAAUCCAGACCCUGUGACUGAAGAUAAUCCACAAACCGUGUUAUGAUCAGUUUUCUAGUUUUUUAAAAUAUAUUUGUUUGGCCCUUUGAGCACCUGAAGCCGAUUGCCGUCUAGUUUGAUUAUGUUCAAGAUGAAGUUACACAUCUCUACGGCCACUGUCCUCAAAACUCGCCAACACACAUCGAACACAUCUAUUGGGUAAAUAGAACUAAGAGUAAAGAUAUGGAUUUCUAAUUACGGGGUGAACUGUGCCUUUAAGUGGUGAAUAGCUUGAGAAUAUGGAAGAUAGGGAGAUAAGUGCAAUAUGAGAAGAUGAGUGGGGAGAAGAAAGAAUGAUGGAUAAUGCAUGUGAAUGGAGCGGAUGUGAGGGAAGCAGCGUUACUCCCGUGGCCCCUCAUUGAAAUGAGUUAGUGGGUCUUGCCUUUAAUCUGAAGUGCCUGACAGAUCUCUGACUAAACGCUAUCACACAUCAGCUACAUCUGACAUGACAGACCUGUUCAGGCUGAUUCAGUUCAUUCAACAUAGCUCCGAUCACAAACUGUGUUUCCUUUGUACACUUUUUAUGCAUUCCUUUUACAUUCGGUGUCUUUUUAGACGCCUGCCGCUUGCUGAAUAAAACAUGAUGAGUGUGUUGUA